AUGGCUGCUAAGUUGGUUGUAGUACUCGCCGCCGUGGCCGCUGUGGCUCACUGCUCAGUGGUGCCAGUUGCGCGAGCAGACGCCGACUACACGAGCUUCGCAUACGACGUGGCCGACCCUUACACCGGUGACUUCAAGAGCCAAGUUGAGACCCGCGUUGGUGGCAAUGUCCGAGGACAAUACUCACUGCUUGACGCUGAUGGCACAAAACGCACGGUGGACUAUGCAGCUGAUGAUCUCAGUGGUUUCAAUGCGGUUGUUCGUAAGGACCCAGCAGUUUUGACUGCCCCAGUUGCUGCUGUUGCUCCCGCUGUUGCCGCUCCUGCUGUCAUUGCUGCCAGAACUGUUGCUGCACCAGCUAUUUAUGCUGAAUCUGCCCCCGCUCUGGUUGCCGCUCGUGCUUACGCACUUCCUUCUGUAUACUCCGCUGGUCACUCCAUUCUUGCUCCUAUUAAUUCAUGGUUAGUAAAAUAG